GCUCAUUUGGGGAAUAGAGGAGUUGCCUGUGGCGUUUUUCAUCUACAGAGAAGACAUUGAUCGUCUUCUUAAAGAACAACCAUCUUUUUCAGAGAGGUGACCAACCGGUAAAACAAGAAAUAAUUAGGAUAGCACUAAUAUCAUCUCCGCCACAAAAUCAAGAAAUAUUACAAGCUAAUUAAAGAACAUGGACAAGAAGCAGCCAAGGGAUGAAGAGAUCAAUCUUUUGCCAAAGGCUAGUCCAGAAGCGAAUAGUAGCGGUGAAGAUCAAGAAGAAAGCAAGGGAAGGUGGUGUUUGCGGUGGUAUAAUAACGUGUUAGAUGUCAAAGAAGCCAAAAACCAAAUCUCGUUUUCUUUGCCUAUGAUUCUUACUAAUGUUUUCUACUACUUAACACCUUUGGUUUCUGUCAUGUUCGCCGGCCACCUUGGUGAGCUAGAGCUCGCCGGCGCCACUCUUGCCAAUUCCUGGGCCAUCGUCACUGGCUUUGCUUUUAUGACGGGAUUAAGUGGAGCACUUGAAACACUAUGUGGUCAAAGCUUUGGUGCAAAAUUGCAUAGAAUGCUGGGAAUUUAUCUACAAGCUUCUUGCAUAAUAUCAUUCUUCUUCUCUACGAUUAUAGUUAUAAUAUGGUUUUAUACAGAGCCAAUUUUGCUUUUAUUAAAUCAAGAUCCUCAAAUUUCAGCUAUGGCUGCUCUCUAUAUGAAAUAUCUAAUUCCAGGAUUAUUUGCAUUUGGAGUUCUACAAAACAUCUUGAGGUUUUUUCAAACACAAUCUGUAACUAUUCCUCUUGUUAUAUUAUCAUUUAUACCAAUAUGCAUUCAUAUUGGUAUUACCUAUCUUUUGGUUCACCAUACAAAUCUCGGAUUCAAGGGAGCUCCAAUGGCAGUUUCAGUUUCAAAUUGUUUUUCAGUUGUUUUAUUAGGCUCAUAUCUGAUUUUUUCCAAGAAAUUUGAGCAUACUUGGAAUGGAUUUUCAUUUGAAACGUUUCAUUAUAUUCUUACUAAUGUCAAGUUAGCUCUUCCUUCUGCGGCAAUGGUAUGUUUGGAGUAUUGGGCUUUUGAGAUUCUGGUUUUCCUAGCAGGAAUAAUGCCAAACUCAAAGAUAACUACUUCGUUAAUUGCCAUAUGUGUAAACACAGAAAGUAUAGCCUACAUGUUAACCUAUGGUCUCAGUGCUGCUGCAAGCACAAGAGUUUCUAAUGAAUUGGGAGCAGGCAAUCCGAACAGAGCUAAAGGAGCCAUGGCUGUGACUCUCAAGCUCUCUGUCUCUCUUGCCCUCAUAGUUGUUUUGGCUCUAGCAUUUGGUCACAAUGUUUGGGCUGCUUUGUUUAGUGACAGCCAUGCAAUAAUAAAGGAAUUUGCUUCAAUGGCACCAUUUCUUGCAGUUUCUAUCACAUUUGAUUCUAUUCAAGGCGUCUUAUCAGGAGUGGCCAGAGGAUGUGGUUGGCAGCACUUGGCUGUGUAUGGUAACUUGGCAACAUUUUAUUUCAUUGGCAUGCCAAUAGCUUGCCUUGUUGGUUUCAAAUUGAAGCUUUAUGUCCAGGGGUUAUGGAUUGGCUUAAUCUGUGGUCUUUCUUGCCAAACUGCUACUCUGUUGCUGAUUGCAAUGAAAGCAAAAUGGACUCAAAAAAUUUCUAUGAGAGAUGAAGAUAACCCAUUUGUAGCUUAAUGAAAAGCUCCAUUUAAGGCUAUUUGGCUAGUACCUAGAAGUCAAAGUUUGUCUCCUCAUUUGGGAGUUUUGAGAGUUUAGUUUUUUAUAGUCUUUAUUGUUCUCCUUGAGAUUUUUAUCACUAUUUGAAAUUGUAUUAGGGACAGUAUCACCACCAUAUGAAUAAUUUUAUAUUUAAUAUUAUUAUAGAUUCUAUUA